AGGGGGGCGGGGCCGGCGUCCCCGCGGGCCGCAGCGGCCGUCGGUGCCGGCGCCGCGGCGGGAGGAGCCAUGGCCGGCGCCGAGCGGAAGAAGCAGGUCCGGUUCGCCGCCCCGGGGGAGGCGGCGGGGCCGCGUCUCUCAGCCGCGCCGCAGGCGGAGGUGGUCGGCGGCGGCGGCCGGCGGUGCGGCCGGGCCGGGGACGGAGCCGCGCUGCGCUGGUGCAUCUCCGGGGCGCUGUGCGCGGCCUUCCUGGGGCUGGGGAUGAGCAUCGCGGUGCUGGGGCCCACCUUCCCGAACCUGGCCGCCAACGUCCACCGGAACGUCAGCGACAUCUACUACAUCUUCGUGGGCCGGUCCCUGGGCUACCUGGGCGGGUCGGUGCUCGGGGGGGUGCUCUUCGACUGCAUGAACGCGCACCUCCUGCUGGCAUUAUCCAUGUUUGGAACAACGGUUGGUCUUUAUGGGAUACCCUGGUGUAAGAAAUCCCUGCUGUUAACUGUCUUGAUGUCAGUUAUUGGAGCUUCCAUGGGAAUUCUAGACACAGGUGGCAAUGUACUGGCACUGAACACCUGGGGAGCAGAGGCUGGGCCACAUAUGCAGGCCUUACACUUCAGUUUUGCUGUUGGUGCGUUUGUGGCUCCGAUCCUGGCUAAAAUGGCCUUGGGAGGCUCCGAAUCUAAAGACCUGCCAGUAGCUGAAAAGAGAAACCAGUCUGUCCCGAGGUCUGUGCCGACAGCAUCAGCUGCAUCAGCUGCGUCAGCACUGAAACACCAUCUUGGUGCAGAUUUUUUGUGGUCCUAUGUUGUCAUCGGGACCUAUCUUCUGUUAGUUUCUUUCUUCUUUUUUAUUUUGUAUUCAAAGGGCAGCUCAGCUCGAGACAAGUCAAAGGCUUCUCUGCAGAAGUGCACGUUUGCCAAGUACCACUAUGCUCUUAUCCUUCUCCUGUUCAUAUUCUUCUUCUGCUACGUGGGAGCGGAGGUCACUUACGGCUCUUACAUAUUUACUUACGCAAAGGUCUUUGCCGAGAUGAAAGAAAACGAAGCAGCCGCUUUGAAUUCUGUCUUCUGGGGUGCGUUUGCUGCUUGCAGAGGAGUGGCAAUAUUCUGUGCUGCUUGCUUGUACCCUGGCACCAUGAUCCUGCUGAGCAUCACAGGCUCUGCCGUCUCGUCUUCGUGCUUGGCCUUCCUUGCAAGGUACCCAGCCUCACUGUGGGUGGGGACCGCGGUGUACGGAGCAUCGAUGGCCACCAUCUUUCCCAGCGGCAUCUCCUGGAUAGAACAGUACACGGUCGUGCAGGGAAAGUCGGCUUCUCUGUUUGUGAUCGGUGCCGCGCUGGGCGAGAUGUGCAUUCCUGCAGUGGUGGGGUAUCUUCAAGGCAGGUUUCACCACGUCCCUGUGGUUAUGUACACUGCCUUGGUGACUUCUGCGAUGACAGUUAUACUCUUCCCUCUGAUGUACAAAUUGGCCAACUCUCCUGGUGAGAGUGACAUGAAAGAAGCGGGUGAGAGCGAGGACCGGAAAGCUUUGCUGUCAAACUCGGGGCUUAAUGAGGAUGAAGAGGAUGAGGAGGAUGUUGGGGAGUGGAACGAAGCAGACUUUGAGGUAAUAGAAAUGAAUGACACGCUGAGAAACUCUGUGGUAGAGACCUCCCGUAAGAUACCGGGGGACUCUCCAGCCAAAGGCUCUCUCCAGCCCCAUCUGGACGCCGUAUUGCGUGAUUCUCCAGUGGUUGCUGGUGGCUCCCCUGGGAGAAAAAACGUGAAUGUUGACCGGGAGAAGAAUGAUUAAAGUAAAAGCCGACUUUAUUUGUUUUAAAGGGAAAUGCCAUUGAAUUGUAGCUGUUCUUGUAAAGUGGUUCAAGAAUUUUUGAUAGUGGCGCAGAGCUCCACGUGUCCAUUUCCAUGUUUGUUUGGCCCUUUCUCCUCUUCCGUUUUCAGUCUGCAGUGAUGUGUCUUGGAGCAGGAAAGGCCAUGAGGACAUGAAUGGGGUAACAUGAUAAAAUGUAUAGACUGUACCAGAAAUGUUUAUAAACGUAAGAGAUGUUUUCUAAAUGUGAGGCAUGCAUUUCGGUAAUAUAUACUGCAAUAAGCACUAAUUAGGAAAGAAGGGAACUGCUUGGACCACUCAUUUUUUUGGGGUGAGUGAAGGGUGCAGUUCUGAGGUGCUUGGUCACAGAAUCUCUUGGUAAGAGAGGAGAGAAAUCGGUUAUCUGUGAUGCUGAACUUUUCAACCUCAUGAAAGAGGAAUGUUUCUACUGCACUGAAGGGUUGUGUGUGAGAGGCCAAGCCCUGUUCUAGGUCCAUGUGACAGUUUGACAGGUGUCCGUCUGUGUGGCCUUGUGCGUUUCGUUUGUUGCACAUGGUAACAAAUGGAGUGGGAUGGCAGAGGGAGCGAAGGUUAAACCUGCAUUUCUUCAGCUUCCCUUUUCCCCAUUUCCCUCCUGCACGCUACGUUAAUUGCUUUGUGUGUGAUGAAAGUAGGGGGUGUUAUCUGAUGGCAUGGACAAAUCCCACGGGUGGACGAGGAGGGGGAAGCGGUAACUGCUUCUGCUCCCCUUUUGCAGGAGUUCCCGUUGCCCCGGGGUGGUCACAGGUUUCCCUUGGCAGAGACUGGGUUUGGUGCAAGACAAACAACAAAAGAUGCGGAGACGGCUCCAUGGCCGCUCCCCACCGCACCUGCAAUCCGUAGGCUUGCCCUGAGUUGACGGCAAUUUGAAAACAUUUCCCCGUACCUGAUAUCAUGUUGUCAGAGGAAAAUUAGUUUAAGAAACACACCUGGCGACCAGGAAGAUUUUAAAUAACCCCUGAUUCGUACGCUGAUUUUUUGAAUGAAAUUCCAAAUCAGAAUGUCCUGCACGUAGGAUUGUUCUCAGGGAUAGUUUACAUGUCUUGCAUAAUCAAGUACUAAAACAGCCAGAAAAUGAAUAAAGCUGCAUUUGGAAAUACACUGUAACCUCUCUGAACCUUCUCUACUGAUUGCAUGUCUAUACACACUUACUUGUGGUUCUGACUGCUGUCUUCCCGACAAACGUAAAUGCACUGUGCAAAAAAAGGUUGUUCUUUUUGGUACUGGCUGUAUUAAUUCCUGCAUGAGGCACUUGAGUUCAUCCCCAUUUUACCCCCUUAAAAGCAGGUGGCCUGUGUAGUAGGAAUGGAGCAACAGCCUGGAAUGCCAAGGUAAGAGCAGCCUUCUGCCAGAAGGAUCCCAAAAGCAGCAGCAGGAAGACAGAGUGGAACUGCUGUAACCACCUUGAAUGGUACCGGGUAGAGUCACGGCUGAUUGAUACGUGGCAGCCUGUGUCUGUUCGACGUCUAAAUUUUGAGUCAUCAUAGACUUACAGUCACGUAGAGCCUUCGAUGUCAAUUCUGGCCUCAAAUUUGAAAUGGAAUAUGCUUACGGAAAUAGUUCUCCUUACCCCCUCAGAGCAUGCCUUUAAUGAAGUGUUGGAAGCAAUUUGAGAUUAAGAGAUCUAGGACAUUUCCAGUGAGUCCAGCUCACAGCAGUUUUAGACAUCCUUGAUGUUCAAGGCUGUAGCUUUCCUCGUUCUUAGAUUCUGGUGUUCCUCAAGGUUUGUUUUUUAGAUGACAAAUGUUCUUUUCCACAGGUUUAGAUUUCCCUCCAAAGUAAACUGCUUCCUGGCAUAUGCAGUUAACAGUGAGGAUCUAUUUACAGUGCCUUUUAAGUUUCAGAUCCUCCAGAAAGCUCAAACACUCAAACUUGCAUGUUAUGGGUUGAAAUUACUUGAAGUGAACUGUAUUACUUUACCAUUGCUUUGCUUAUGCUAGAAAAGUCAUCUCUGUGUUGAGGACGAGAGCUACGGUCCAUGGAUUAGAUAACUGAAUUUAAAAAGGAUCCUAUUUUUGUCCAUAAAAACAGGCAUGGGUUGAAGAUGAGCACUUGCCCAUUUACUCCAGCGUUAAAGGUAACCUCUUGCAGUUAAACGUAAAAUAAUAUGUUUUUUUUAAUCCCUUAAGCGCUGCCAAAUGCUGGAUUGUACUGCAAGCAUUAACAUGUUCGUCCUGGUGUUUGCACUUUGAUUCUGUACAUGACCAAUGGUAGAAUGCAAGAGCAGGCCACGUUUUGUGCCUUGAUGGUUUUUUUUUUUCAGUUACUUUGCAUUAAAAUGCAUUAAAAUGUGUGAAUGUUCUAUUAAAUAUUUAAUCAGUUUUUAUUCUGCUUGGUGUGGGUUUACAUUGUACUGUAUAAUGCGAAAUUUAAGACUGACUUGUAAUAUAUAUAUACUUGAAUGUAAUAAAUUCUGAACUGGAGAAGGCACUCAGGUUCCUUGAUGUAAAUAAAAGUUUUGUUCUAUUUUUCAAAGCUA